UCGCUGAGCCAGCGGAGCCGGAAGGGGCGGGGCCCUGGUGGGCGGGGCUUAAAGGUCGGCGUCUUCGCGGAGGCUGCGGCGGGGAGGCCCGGCCGGGCGAGUAGCCGAGGUUCCCAGGUCCGACGCGCCAUGGCUCUUAGCCCUCUCAUCAGAUUGCCUGCCAGUGUCUUCAGAAAGCCCGGCGCCCGGGUUCGACUCUGGGGGCCACUGCAAGCCCGAAGGACACCGUCACACGCACCCACCGCUUCCCAGAGUCCGUGCUUUUAUUCUUCUAGCGUCAGGUUAAAUGCCUCCAGUCACAGAACACUUUUCCACAGCAUUUUCUCAGUAAGGCUCCCAGGACUGUCCGUCUCUCCGGAAUACAUUCUCCCAUUUUCCAUCCGACUCAAAGGCAACGUCGGUCCUAAGAAGACCACAAAAAAGACUCUGCCGAAAGCAGAAGACGAAGAGUAUUCCGAUGAAGAGAGUGCUGAUGAGGGGAGCGAGCUGGAAGGCGAGCUCAGGGAGGACCCUGAUGUGACGAAGGACUACAAAGACCUGGAGAAGGCGGUGCCGUCUUUCCGCUACGAUGUCGUCCUGAAGACGGGCCUAGACGUUGGAAGAAACAAAAUAGAAGAUGCGUUCUACAAGGGUGAACUCAGGCUGAACGGAGAAAAGCUGUGGAAGAAGAGCAGAACGGUGAAAGUGGGAGAUACGUUGGAUCUUCUCAUCCAAGAGGAUAAGGAAGCAGAAACAGAGACCGUGAUGCGGAUCCUGCUGAAAAAGGUGUUGGAAGAGAAGACUCAGAGUGAAAAGUACAGAGUGGUGUUGCGACGGUGGAAGAGUCUGAAGUUGCCCAAGAAGAAGCCAUUGAAAUAGGCGGAUGCUUGUGGGUGGUGACGCCGCCUCCGGGCUGUGCAGAGCGGAGCCAGCCGGAAAGGACCUCCCGAACGAAAUAAAGCUGUUACCGGGCGUG